AUGGAGACACCUACCGGUGUCAUCACUGUCUUGGUGGUAUCAUUGCUGAUGAGUAACCAUGGUGUUUUGUCAACGGAACACGGAAAACAUGUAAACAACCACCAUCAUCGUAACCAUAGCCAUCUCACUCCGAGUACUUCGUCUCCCAGAGUCAGCGAAGACGUUCUCUUCUCGGGCAUUCCAGUGAAGACUGCCCUGCCAGAUUCUGUGGAAACAGAGGAUGCCCUUGUUAACAAUAAUGGCAUGCACCAAGUACGUGGUGACGAGGCAAACCCGGGAAAAGACGCUGAUGAAGACGAAACCAGAGAGGAACUCCAUCAUCACCACCAUCAUCGUCCCCACCACCACCAGCCCCAGGGAGAUAUUGCUUCGCAACAAAAUGACACCAUCUUCCUUCCAAAGAAUCGUAUGAAGAAUCAUCCGGAGACCGUUGUCAUGGAAUCCCACGGCACUAUGGCAACGGAGGCAACCAUCACCAACCCUCCCGGAACACGUAAAGCAGUUAGAAACAGAGAGGAACAUCCUAACCAUCUUCGAAGCAAUUCUUCACAAACACACCAGGCGAGUACCUCCCCAGUUUCCAUGCCAACGGAAAUCUUUAGUGAUGACAUGCAUGCAGUGCACAAAGAAAACCACCAUCCUAAACUUGCCAGCAAUUCGUCUUCAAGACCUGAUGAUAGUAUCCUCCCUGAGAUUCGUUUGGCAAGUGGCUCCACUUACCCUGCGGCAAUCGAGGAUGGGCCUAACAAAGACGAAGCUAAAGAAGUGGGCGGUCAUCAUCAUCUUCCCACAGACAGUCCUCCGAGACCUAAUGAUGCUAGCCUAACCCAUGCUCAAUCAAUGACUGUAUUCCCUCAUAUGACUCUUAGUGAGGACGAAAUAAAAGAAGACAACGUGCAGAAAACCAGAACCAUCCUCCCUACAAACAAGCAAGAACCUAAAGAGAAAGAAGGUACCAGUACAGUCAAGACUGUGCUUCGCAAGCAAUACACUGUUUCACCAACUGCCACACCGGACUCAACUUCCAGAGAUUCUUCUCAAAUUUUUGAGGCUUCUCUUCAAAAAGACGACACCCAUAACGCCAAGAUUGAAAGUUCAGUUCCAUCGAGCCUAACCGACGCUCCUGAUGCCAAACCAGGCGAUGUUCUCUCCUUCCAAGGAGCAGAGGACAUUCUUGUUGGUAUAAAAAGAAUGAUGUCUCCAGAGCAACAUCCAACAGCACCAGCUGAUGAAGAUGAAACAAAGACUGCAAUACUCCCGCAGAUGCAUCCAACACCCCCAUCAUCAGAUUCCAUGGCAACAGAAGCCGGCAUUGACCAAAUCCGUGGGGAAAUGAAGCAGAAGCAUCAUCAUCAUCACCACCAGCAACGUGUCUCCAAUAAUUCAUCUUUGGGACCAGAUUAUGCAAUCCUGCCCGAGACCCAUAUUCAGACAACACCACCUGAUUCCUUGGAAAUUGAGUCCGACAUUGGAAGUGGCAAAUUUCCAUCAAGCCAAACCGAUGCCCCUGGUGCCAAAGCAGGCGAUAUCCUCUCUUUUCAAGGAGCAGUAGAUAUCCUUGUUGGUAUAAAAAGAAUGUCACCAGGGAAACAUCCAACCACACCGGCUACUAUAGAUGAUACCAAAGGUGCUACACUGCCUCUGAUCCACCCAACAUCUGCGUCAUCAGAUUCUAUUGCAAUUGAAACCAACAAUGACAAAAAUCAUGAGACAAACAAAGACACAAGACAGGAGAAUCACCACCACCUCCCAAGCAAUUCACCUUCCACACCAGAUUAUGGCAAACUCCCCGAGACCCAACCCUCAACAUUUCCGGAUUCCAUGGCAACAGAAAACAAAGAAGCAAACAAUGACAAAGAGCAUGAGACAAACGAGGAAAAGCAACACAAGCAUCACCAUCAACAUCGCCAUAAUCACCAUCCGAUUCUCCCCAAUACUUCAUCUCCGACACCAGAUGAUGCAGUCCUCUCCGAGUCCUAUCCUAUGACGACACACCAUGAAUCCAUGGUAUCAGAGUCAAACAUCAAGAGCCAAACCGAGGCUCCUGGGCCAGAAAGAGGAGAUAGUCUGUCCUUCCAAGGAGCAGUGGAUAUCUUGGUUGGUAUAAAAAGAAUGAUGUCACCACAGCAACUCACAACCUUGCCGGGUAACGCAGAAACUCCAAGCUCCAAGAUACCAGUGACUAAUUCUGCUGAUUCUUUACCUUACAAAAAUGGCGAGGAAAAAUUACCUGCAUUCAAAGAAUCAACCACAAAUCCGUUUCCCAUCAAAGAUACCAACACAGUUACAAGUACCUUCUCUCCAAAGCCUUCUCAAGCUUUCAUGAGGAGCACAGGGUAUAACGAGCUUCCUGAAGCCGUCAACUCUCCAACUUCUACUUCACAACAAGACCACUUCACCGACGAAAGUCAAGUUAAGAUCACUAAGGGCAAGUUAGUGACCCAAGCCGGUGCUUUGACUGACAAGGUUUCAACAUCAGUGACACCCCAACCUGUGAAUAACGACUCAGACCCGCAGCUUGUUUUCUGGGAAGUGGAGUUUGUUGAAGAGCAUGAAGUGGGAGAUGCUCCAUUUUCUCGUGCCUCCACAACUUCGAGCCCACUACAAGACACAGAUUCUUCGACUGAAAGUAGUUCUUUUAUAGAUCGGACCACAGAAAUCGAAGAAAGUGAAUCAGCUUUACAUGUUUCUGGCAGUGAAAGUGUCUCCCAGCGCAAACCUUCAUCCGAAAAACCAGUCGAAAGACCCGUUACUAGCGAGGGAGCAAUCCAGGCACAAGAUAAAAUGACUACUGCUGUUCAUCGGCCAGCAGAAAGAGUUAACCAAGAGAUACAUAUCCAGGGAAGUGACAAUCCCUUACCUCGAGAGUCCAAAUAUUCAAAUGCUCCAACACCAACUAAAGUUGGCAGCACUGAUACACCAUCAACCAGAGCAAGUUUACAGUUGGAAACCGAGGAAGUGAAUGCAUUGCCAACCACAGAGGGGGCACUUAAAACACCCACCUCAAAAUCAAAGCCUGGCAUUUCUCAGCCGCAUCUCUUUCUCUGGGAAGUCGAAUUGAUUGAGGAGCACACAGUCAUACCCCUGGCUGAUUUGAGUGCAACCCCCGCUACCGAAGGAACUGAAAAAUUGGGAGACAAAGGUGUACCAAUAAAAGUUGAUGAGAAACAGACCACAGAAUAUCCAAUGCCUGUCACUGAAAUCAGCGACAAAAAUUACCAUAUCAGAGAAAAUUCAUUAUUCAAGGAACUGGAAGACACCUCAGAACAUGCGCACACAGUUCAACCUUCUGAACAAUUUUCAACAAGUUCCUCAAUCAUAAUCGAAGAAGAAUCCGAACAUAAGCCGAAGCCGGAAUUAAAGGCCGAAUCGAUCCAGUCAACUGUGAUCUCCAGUGUAACACAAACCGAGCAAAAACCACAGACAGAAUCAGUUCUUUCUGUGACCUCUCGGAGUUUCACUGAAGGGGAACAUCAGCCAAAAUCUGCAUUAGAACCAGAACCAGAACCAGAACCACGUACUACACCUAAAUUUCGAGCACCAGAUAUGCUCUCUUCGCUUACAACCCCAAUUCCCGAGCAAAAUCCAGGAAUUGACAGGUGCUGUAGUGACGGAACAUUUCAACAGGUAGGAUCGUCUACUUCACCUAAACCAGAACCAACAUUCACAACCCACGUUCGUCUGGAAUCAGGGUCGACCGACGAAGUUCUGUCGUCUCCAACGACCUCACUGCAGCGGUCAACGAUGAGGUCAGGGGUCAUAAUUGACGGUCAGAUUCCAAUCAAUCAGCAAGCUCAUUCACCAAGGCAAAAUUUGAAUCCGACAGCCGAGUCAGAACCAAGUCCGUAUCCAUCGCCGACUCAAUCUGUGGUAGAAGACAAUUUUCAGACAACAUCCCGUGACACUGAUAUGGUGGGCGUGAUCUUUGUUGACCCUGAGGCUGGAACCCCAGCAGAAGCACUGUUACCACAAAGCACCGCAGCUAGACCUUCCUUGGAUGAAGUCACAAUGUAUCAGUCCACGCUUGGGAGGUCAGAUUCUCGACCCAAUCCUUUACCAGAGCUCACAUCACAUGGAAGCAUUCCACAAACUGCUUCUCCAACUUUGAAAACGAAUGACCGCGUAUUAUUCGAGGACAGCCAACGGACAACUGUCUCAGCCGUGGCUGAACCUGAACCAGAGCCGAUACCCGAACACGUACCACUGCCCAAUUACGACCAGCAAUUUCACACAACCGCAUCAUCUGAGCCGCGGCAAUCGAGCGGCAGUACAGUGUUCCAGUUGACAACAGAGAAUCUCCCAGUAGACAUUGUUGUGGGAGAAGUAAAAGAGCCCGCUUCGCCCGAUCCCGAACCAGAGCCCAGUCCGGAACCGGUGGAACCCAGUCCGGAACCGAUGGAAUCCAGUCCGGAACCGGUGGAACCCAGUCCGGAACCGGUGGAACCCAGUCCGGAACCUGUUGAACCCAGUCCGGAACCGGUGGAACCCAGUCCGGAACCUGUUGAACCCAGUCCGGAACCGGUGGAACCCAGUUCGGAACCUUUGGAACCCAGUCCGGAACCGGUGGAACCCAGUCCAGAACUGGUGGAACCCAGUCCAGAACCGGUGGAACCCAGUCCGGAACCGGUGGAACCCAGUCCGGAACCGGUGGAACUGUCUACAGUGUCAGAUCAGCGGACAACUGUAGCGUAUCGGGCAUCAGGAUCCAACGGCGACUUGGCGACUGGAGAAGGAGACCAAGCUGCAGGCGACGAUGACCCAAAAGAAGGAAGUUUGACAACGCUUGCGACCAAGUCAGGUGAAGCCAAUCCCCAUCACUUUGAGGGCCAGUUUACGAUUCUGACAAUGGAUGGCUACGAGGUCACGUACUCCAGUCAACUUGAAGACAGAAACACCGCCCUCUAUAAGGAGUACAGUCAUGCAGUCUGCAAUGCGGUUAUUGAUAUUCUCAGCCAAGCGUACAGCAGCAAUCCCAGCCACUGUCAAACAACUGGAUUUCGAUCGGGGAGUGUGGUCGCUGUGUUUGAGGUUGGAACGAAGGGCGCCCUCAAUGCCGAUGACAUCCGUUCACACCUGGCGGCGGCUUUCGGGUCCGGCGACCGAGCGGUGGCUGGAUUACAGGUUGAUGGAUCAUCGGUGUCCGUUCGAAGAAUCGAAGAAUCGACGCUUCUGGGAUUCGAUCAUGGGACGCAGGCUUCAAUGGCCACCGCGAUUUCCUCCGAUGUGGCAUCGAUAACACAGGGAGGCACUCAUUCGGUUGCAGUAUCGACUCCUGGCAGAACGAAACCUGCUAUCCCCGGCGGAACAAGUAUCGUGUCAUUGGUACCCGAAGUCGCAGUGUCUCAGGAGUAUUCGGGACGAUUCCGAAUACUUAGUAUCGAUGGGCAGGAGGCGGUAUUUACAUCGGAUUUAGAGGAUCGCAACUCGGAGAAGUUCAAAGUUUACAGUGGCAUAGUUUGCUCUGAGAUUCUGACAGGUUUAUCCGACGUCUACCCCGAUGAUCUUAGUAGCUGCUUCGUGGCGUCAUUUCGCCGGGGAAGCAUCAUCGCUGACUUCAAGGUCCGAUUCAAAGGCGGGAGCUUGGUCACGGAAGACGGCAUACGCUCACAGCUGAUCCGGGCAUUCACUAGCUCAGAGAGCCCUGUAGUCAGUCGGCUAGGGGUCGACAAGGAAUCCUUCCAAGUCACAAAAAUCGAAAUAGACAAGCAUCUUCCCCCAAACUUUAGUGGUGUUUCUCGAGACGGUUCUAAAGACGAGGGUGGUCUUGGUGGAGGUGCAGUAGCGGCCAUCAUACUUUGCUGCUCGUUGCUGGUGCUUCUGUUGGUCGCUGUCAUCGUCUACGUGGAGUAUCGAGACUACCGUAGAUACAAAGUCGUCAAAAUGUCAACGGGAUGGCGGCGCGUCAACGUCGGUGAUGCACCAACUGGUUCGCCAGUCUGAGUGACGUAAUAAGUUAUGACUAUGCAAUAAGCGAGUUCGGUACUCCAACUGCGCAUGUGCACAUCAAGAUUUGCUGAUUUGUCUUUCGGGAUAACAGUCAUCGUAUGCGUGCAAGAGCAUAACGGGGUACCAGCAAAAUUGAAGAGAUCAUCGUGUUCUGAAGUAUAACAUUUUGCAAAAAAAACUUUGGACAGCGAAGUGUUUUAAGGUGUCUUGUGCGUCAAAACUUUUGUGAGAACGAAAGUUCCAUCGCGUUUCGAUUGCACAUAUUAAAAAUGCAGAUUUGGUUACCACGUCCCCCAUAGCCUUGGGUGCAUUUGCUGUGCACCAGACUAUUUUGGAAUACCGAACUGGCUUAUUGACCCAUUGCUUAACGCGCCCUCACUGUACUCUCAGUGUUACUGCAAGUUCAAAACUUGUCUUAUGUGAGGGCGCUCUAAGCAAGGGCUCUAUAAUUAUAAUACAUAAGUUUACGGUGACUAUUGAGGGAAAUUAGUGGUUUUCUUUACACAGAACAGUUUUUAUACGACUUGUGUAUGUUUGCCAUCGAUAUAAUACUGAAGAUACAUUAAAGGCAUAUAGAAUCACUUCAAUUAUCCCCAAGAUAUCCUAACGAGUUCUUAUUAAAAUGCUUACUUGGACUAAAGAUCGUACUGGCACUUAAGAGUGCCGUGAGAUUAUUCCGUCUGGCUUGCUGUCAUUUACAGGAAAUCAAGAAAUGUAGGUGGUUUCCAACGAUCCGUCAUUUACUAGAUAUUUUUUUAAUAAAGAGAGCCAUAGACGAAAUCGUGUUUCGUGAUCAAA